AUUCGACGAAUUCUCCAAUCAAUCAAGUCUAUACUGUUACAGUUCCUGCGUUGGUCCACUACCUAGUUUGGGCCUUGGCAAACUGGCGAAUAUGGAGUUUGUUUCGUGCAAUGACGGUGAAAGUUUUGUUUGCGUCGUGCAAGACGAAACUACAGCGGACUUUCACAGCUCCAAGCAUCGAACUACGUGCACUCCGACAACUACCGUGCGCAGCUUCUAUCAAGAGGUCGCUAGCUUAGCGCAUUACAUGAUUGAUACGUUUGUGUUGGUCUGGUGCAAUCCGAACGGUUCGGAUGAACGACUGAUUCCUGACUCCACAACAACAUUGGGCGAGCUAGGCCUAUCGGGCAAACGGCAGAACUUCCUGCUGUCCCAGAAAGAUGGUAUCGACCCAGUGAAGAGCUUUGUGAGCGUCAAUGAGCAAGGCGACCGUACCAACAUACACGCCGGUGAGAGCAAUGGAAAUAGCCUCUAUCCUGAAGAUCAGACCACUCCAGUCUCUAUGAACUUGGUGGCGUUGGGAACGGAUGAUGACACUGUGAGCUCGACCACAGGUACGUACGGCAGCGACGGCGGCGGUAUUGCCAGCAGCAGCAGCAGCAAUGCAAAGACAGAGUAUGUGGGACUGGUGAACCAGGCAAUGACAUGCUACCUGAACAGUCUGCUGCAAACACUGUACAUGACGCCGGAAUUCCGCAAUGCCAUCUACCGAUGGCGCUUCGACGGCACACCGGACGAAGAAUCGCGCAGCAUCCCGUUCCAGCUGCAGAAGCUCUUCGCCAACCUGCAGACGUCCACAAAGGAUGCGGUGGAAACAACGGACGUCACGAAAAGCUUUGGCUGGACAAGCAGUGAUGCAUGGCAACAGCAUGAUAUCCAAGAGCUGUGCCGCGUUAUGUUUGAUGCACUGGAGAAGAAGUUCAAGGGAACAGACCAAGACAAUCUCAUCAAGCAGCUGUAUGAAGGUGAAAUGCAGGACUAUGUCAAGUGCCUGGAAUGCGGCCACGAAAGUGCAAGGACCGAUACAUUCCUGGAUGUGCCACUGGUGAUUAAGCCGUUCGGUGCCAGCAAAGCCUGCGGUAGUGUUGAGGAGGCUCUGAAAGCGUUCGCCACACCAGAGACCCUGGACGAGUCAAACCAGUACAUGUGCGAUAAAUGUGACAAGAAGGUGGACGCGCACAAGGGACUGAAGUUCCUGAGCUUCCCGUACCUUCUCACGCUGCAGCUGAAGCGAUUUGAUUUUGACUACACAACGAUGCAUCGCAUAAAGCUGAACGAUCGCGUGACCUUCCCACACAGGUUGGAUCUGAGCAACUUCAUUGGCAAGGACGGCGGCGGCCACGGCGUGGCGAGUCGUCACUGUGACACUGCUUGCCAACAGACUGGACAAACUCCUCCUAGCGCUGCCGCGACAGGUCUCACUGGUGAUGAUGACGUCGCGGUGACAUCAACAAUCGGUGAAGCGUCGUCAUGCUCUGCAGCGGCGGAAGGCCAGCAGCCUGACAGCUGUGAUCGUGAACACCAUGCCGCGGCGAACGAGAAGGAACUUGCGUCACCGACACCAAGCAGCAGCGAUGAGUCCAGCCCAGCACAUGAGUAUGAGUUGUUCUCCAUAAUGGUUCACUCGGGGAGUGCGAGUGGUGGCCAUUACUAUGCCUACAUUCGCUCCUUCAAAGAUGGCGAGUGGUACAGUUUCAAUGACACAACGGUGAAGGCGAUUUCUGACCGAGAUAUUGAGAGUACGUUUGGCUCUGGGACCAGCUCAUCGUUCUAUUCCUACUCUAGCAUGUACAGAUCAUCAGCUAAUGCGUACAUGCUCAUGUAUAGACAGGUCAACGCAGAACGCAAUGCCAUGCCGUUAGAAACAGCCAUGUUACCGGAACAUGUAACAGAGGUGAUAGGCCGUGUUGCUCGCGAAGAAGAAGAGGAGCGCAUUCGUGUGGAGCGGGAACGUUCUACUCUGAGAACCAGAAUCUACUAUGAUGAUCCCGGCCAUGACAAGCUUGUUGGUCGGCAGAUUGCGUUUCAUAACGAGCUGCCACUUGGCGAGGCACUGGUGGAAGCCCAUAAGCUGUGGGAGCUUGAUGCGGGUAUUGUACCGCUGGAGAGAUGCCGCUUAGUGAAGUACGAUUCCUUCUACGAAGUUCCGAGCAAAUCCCUGGACCAUCUAGAUGUGUCAACACCUCUCUCCAAGAUUGCAGCAACUCCAUUCUCUUCAAGUGAGACACUGGCCUUCAUGCUGGAAGCACGUUGUGAGAAUGAAGAGUUUGAGGAAUACCAGUCGUCCGAUGAUUGCUGCUUCCUGAAGAUCUUCUAUGUGGACCUUAGUGCUGAGACAGUGACACGAAAGCCAAUGAUCUGUGCUGAUCUGCAAUGGACGGUGCAUGACUUACGUCUAUACCUUGCAAAGAAGUUCAAGUGCAGUGUGGAAGGAAUACGUUUGCUUGCGGACCGAUACUACUCUGCUCCUCAGCUGAUGACCAAGGAGACAUCAACUCUGAAAGCGCUUGGUUUCUACGUCUCUAACAAGAUCUAUGUAUCUGCAGCCUACACUGAAGACCAACUCCAAGAUGUGUUAGUUCCGUACGAGACGUCUCGCCUGCAGGGCAUUGUGGACACUUGCCUUCAUACGUUGCUGCUAACUGUCACGUUGCCAUCAGAAGAGGCCAUUUCCAGGUAUCGGAAUGCUACCGUAGGCCAAGAAGCAAGCCAAAGCCAACCGACCUCCAACGGAAACACAGCUCGGACAAUCUGUCUGGCAAUGGACAACCGCAAGACUAUAUCUGAUGUGAAGGAGAAGCUCUCCGAAGAGAUCCAGCUCCCUGUUGAGUCGUUCAAACUACACAGAGCAUAUGGCACUGGUCAGGAGUUUGAAGUGACCCGACCAACGGAGCUGCUAACGCAAUAUGACGGCAAAACCAGCAUCCGCGUCAGCCUUGGCAGAGCGCUGCGAAUCGGUGAGUACCGUGUGAAGGUACACCUGUUUCAGCUCGACAAUCCAGCCCAGGAGGAGCAGGAGAAUGGAAGUUCUCCUGCUGCAAAACCAGCACUGACUAAUGGUACAGCAGAGUCAGCAGCAUCAGCAAUGCCAACACUCCUAACUGCAACAUCAGGAGCUAACGGGUCGGACGCAAAAACAGCACCGCCAUCGCCAGCAGCAGAUGAGCCAACUGAGACGACCGCUCCCAUUGAAGAAACUGCAAAGGCUACAGCAGCAGCAGCUGUUACAGCGCAGAAACCUAUGGCAAAGUACGAGGAUGCGCAUGAAUCUUACCUUCUGUGCACCAGCGUGGUGAGCAAAGGAAUGACCGUGCUACAGUUAAAGAAGAAUAUUCUGAACGAUUCCUCGACAUCACUUCCAUCAUCCAUGCCACGUGACCCAUCCAGGCUGCGCCUGCGGAAGCGUUGCUGGAAAUAUCCAGCGACCGUUCUUCUCGACACGAUGAAGUUUGAAGAAGACAUCAGUGUUUACACUAACUGGGAUGUCUUCCUACAAGUGUUGCCAGAACCGGAAUGUAUGACAAGUUCGUUGCAAACGAUUGUCUUUGUUCGCAGGUGGAAGCCAUCUUCAUAUUCGUUGGGACCAUGGAAAGAGAUCGUCUUGCACGACAAGUUACCCAACACACUGAAAGAUGCUAUUUCCGUCCUCUCAGCCAUACCAGCCGAGCGUGUGAAGAUUGCCCGCGGUCGUGGCAGUUUCCCGUGUGACACUGCAUUGCUUGAUAUGCCCGAUCAAGAUUGGGACCCUGACGUUCGAUCACUCGGAGACUACCCGGUCAACCUGUCGGACGACGGUGUGGUGUUCUUCUACUGUGACAGUGAGGAGAAGCUGCAGAAUCUGAGCGAUGAGCGGCGUAAAGACAUCCAGAAGCAAGAUACCGCACGCUUUGGCAAUCAGUCAACCGUAUCCAGCUAUUACUUCAGGGAGAAGGCACUGAAAAUCUAUACCAGUGUCGACGAGGACAAUGACUCUCGCUAAGCCAACAAACACAUACGCAGACAACUGUAGCGGCAGCAGUGCCAGCAGCAUCAGCAGUACCAGCAGCAUCAGCAGUGCCAGCAGCAUCAGCAAUGCCAACAGCAUCAGCAGCACUAGCAGUGCCAGCAGCAUUAGCAGUGCCAGCAGCAUUAGCAGUGCCAGCAGCAUCAGCAGCAUCAGCAGCAGCGCUGGCCUCAGUUACCCAUGGACUAGCAGUUAUACAACAUAGUCCACAAUUGUGGUGGUAAGUCCUGCGUGUUACCGGUUUCACUUGGACGUGGACUGGCCGCUGUGACUGUGUGUGUCAGGUGAGCCUCUGCUACUACCACUACCAGCGUCAUUGUAUAGCUAUCAACACUGGUGUGUGUGUAUGUCUCUCUCGUAUAUCAGUUAGUUCAGCUAUCAACACUGGUCUAUCAGCACUGGUCUAUCAGCACUGGUCUAUCAACACUGGUCUAUCAGCACUGGUCUAUCAGCACUGGUCUAUCAGCACUGGUCUAUCAAAAACUGGUCUAUCAACACUGGUCUAUCAACACUGGUCUAUCAGCACUGGUCUAUCAACACUGGUGUGUGUGUGUGUGUGUGUGUCUCUCUCUCCUGUAUAUCAGUUAGUUCUAGUUGCGCCCGUUUACACUUGUAAAGUUAUUUGUACUAUAUCCGUCUGCAAGACAUCAGUCUCGGCAUUGUUUUCCGACUAUUGUCUAACCCCCCUGGACAAAUGGUGAAUCAGCAUGCCGCGCCGGGCCUGAUGAAUGAUUGCCGAUGCAUACCUGCUGCAUCAAAAUUAAGCCAUUGUCAGUUGUUUUGCUAUUCUGGAAAUGGCCUUGAAGCCUUCUUUCAUUGUAGAUCUACCACUACUUGCACGACAUGUAAUGAGUGUGGGGCUGAGUGCCCUGCAAUGCAUGGCGUCUGUGGUAGUGCUGUACAGUGUAUCUAUUCUCUUCCCUGCCGCUGUGAAUUGUGUCCGGCGUACGUGUGUGUGUGUGUGCGCGGGUGUAUGUGUGUGUGGUGCGUGCAUAUUUCCAAGCUUUCAAAAUAGCCCGGCUGAUUGUCUUGAGUUAUAAUGUUGACUUUGCACACCACAGUCUGUAUUGUUUCUAGCACAACACACACUGCUUGUGGUGCGACGGCGCUGGUGUGACCUGCAAGACUAAUAAUAUUAUAUACCUACAAGUCUCCUUGUUCAUAAACGUGUCUUGUGUGUGGAGACUGAGUGAGCACUUAUACAUGCUCACACUUACUGACUA